AUGUGGUAAUAAUUUUCCUAAAUUAUGGAAACUUAGACGUCAUCACGAAAGAAAAUUUAAGUGUAAGCCAGCACUUAAACUCCAACCACCAAGCCCUGUGUCAGAUCAUGAAGCAGGUCCUGGUCCAACAACCCAAGCUUACAGAGAAGCGCAAAUUACUGAAACUACCAAUUAG